CUUUUUUUUCCCCCCUUAAUCUUGCAAACAAAUACAACGGGCAUCCCUCUCGGAACCAAAUGAUCGCUAAGACCCAUUGAUCAGACAUGGCGAAGAAAGAUAAGAAAGGGACGGAGGGUGCGGUGCAGAAUCGAGAGAUCUUUCAGCGAAUGAAUUUCCUCUAUCAAGCUGCGAUGUGCAUGGCCACUAUCACCUGUCCUUCACUAACGAACUUUAGCACUAGCACUCAAAUGAAUUUGAGUGGAGGUGGGCAGAGCACAAUUAAACAACCCGAUACAAGCAUCGCUACCACCACUCCUUCCACUACCACCAUUUCUAACAGCGAGGACUCUACAAUAGCCUCUGAAGUAGUCGCUCCUGUUGCUAUAGACAUAGAAAUGAGAAACAGCACCAAUUCCUCUAUCGCAGCUGAUAUGGAAGAUGUACAGCAAGCUGCUGCUGAGGAGAUAACAAAAGUAACCGACAAUAUUACAACGCGUUCAGACAGCCGUAGGAAACUGAGCAGGCGGCAAAAACGAGAAUUAUUGCGGUUGCGCAAGACUAAGAUUGCUAUGGAACAAAUCAGUCAAGAUGAGACACAUCAGAGCCUUAUUAACAAGAAAGUUACUUUGAACUCUAAGAAGUGCGAUUUGUAUCCUCUCUCUGGAACCGCACGCUUCUAUGCAUCUACUCUGCGCGAAGUGGGCCGCAAGAACGUCAUCCGAAUAGGUCCAGUCAUCAAAAGAAGUAUCUGUCAGCGUUGCGAGGCUAUAUUGAUUCCAUCAAUAAGCUGCGAAGUGCGAAUUCAGUCAAUGCCUCAGCUGCAUACUCAAGUAAUCUGCACAGCCUGUGGAGCUUUCAGACGGUAUUAUUGUAUGCCAGGAAAAGGAGUCGAAGGCGACCGUUGGGAAUUGGAUAGAGCCUCUACUGAGGUAGCAAUUAAAAAGGAGGAGACGAUAGAAGCAGAAGAAGUAGAAGCAAAAACAAUGAUGGAUAGUACGUAAAUUGUCUAUGUGGGUGAUAUGGUGAUAUG